AUGGGUAUGGAAGGCCUUGAAACGUUUGAAGAAAUGACCCAAAAGGAUCUGAAACCUUAUAAAUUGUCAUUCUUGUGUGUUACUGGGGGUGAAACCAUUGGGGCGUGGUCGAAGAGGGAAGACUGGUGUUUGAUUCCUCGAAAACUCGUUCUGGGAUAUACCGAGAUUACUCUUGUAUGGUGGAUCUUCUUGGCCGUGCAGGUUUACUGGAUGAAUCAGCGCAGAGCUAAGGCUAUCAACAUCAAAAGGCCAAUCUAUGUUGUGGAGCUAACUGUUGCGCUGUUGUAUGGUUCACCAAAACAAAGAAGUGGGAAGGAGAGCUGCUAA